AAAAGAGUUGUGGUGCUUCCUUAAAGCCCCUGGCAGGCUGCUUGCUUAAUCAUACAACUGCCCUUCAGCUAUCCACAUGGGUGUGCCCUCGCGCUUAUGUCCCUCCUUCAUCAAAACUGCAAGUAAACUUCCGAGCCCUCACUCCCGGCCCGCACAUCCUCCUCGGCCGCGCUCGCUCUCGGCCGCCUUUGUCUCAGCGCCCAGGGCCGCUUCCGACGGGACACGCGAUGGACGGCGCGCGGAGCCGGACGCUCUGGGGCUUGUUCUUGGUGCAGCUCAGCCUGGCCCAGAUCGAACUGAAUAUUACCUGCAGAUUUGCAGGGGUUUAUCACGUUGAGAAAAAUGGCCGAUACAGUAUUUCUCGAACAGAGGCUGCUGACCUUUGUAAGGCUUUUAAUAGCACCCUUCCUACCCUGGCACAGAUGGAGCAAGCAUUGAGCGUCGGGUUUGAGACUUGCAGGUAUGGAUUCAUAGAGGGACAUGUCGUAAUCCCACGAAAGACACCCAGGUUUCUCUGUGCAGCAAAUAACACUGGGGUAUAUAUCCUUGCCUCAAAUAUGUCUCAAUAUGACACCUACUGCUUCAAUGCCUCAGCCCCACAGGACAAGGAGGAUUGCUCAUCUGUCACAGAUAUACCGAGUAUAUUUGAAGGACAAAUCACCAUAGGCAUUGUAAACCCCGAUGGAACUCGCUAUACCAAGAAAGGAGAAUAUCGGACAAAUCCUGAAGAUAUCAACCCCACCUACAAUACAGACGAUGAUGGGAGCAGUGGAUCUGCGGGUGAGAGGAGCACCAUGGGAGGCUCCACCAUCAUUCAGACUACAUACGAUGAUGUAACACCUACUGCCUUCAAGUACCCCAGCUCUGAUGGUCAUGAAAACUUUCCUUCAAUCACCAGUAUCGACUCAACUUCUACCCCAGCAGACCUGGAACCAAAUGAGGAAAGUGAAGAAGAAACAGGAAAAUUCCCCAGUUAUUCUGGAUCAGGCAUUGAUGAUGAUGAAGAUUUUAUCAGUACCACUUUAGCUACAACACGUGCUACAAGUCAAGAAACAACCCAAGGCUGGCAACACUGGGCACAUGGUCAUCCAAAUCCAGAAGAACAACCUCAAACAACAGCAAAAGUGAUUGCUGUUGUGGACAUGGACAGACGUGAUGAUAGGGCUCAUGGUGAAAAUUCAACCCAAGAAUCACAUCAUCUUCUUAUUCAUGGUGGGAACCAUGAAGAUUAUGACGGACAUCAUUCUUCAAGUACAACCUUGGACACACCUAGCAGUACAACCCAAGAAACAACAACUGAUGAGCAAGAAAGGGGAUGGUUUUGGUGGCAUCCGAAGCCACCAGAAGAAGAUGCUGAGACAACAACAGAGACAACGGCUCAGGACACAUAUUCCAGGCAGCAAACAACAUUCCAGAGGCAAGAUGAUUCCUGGAUAGGCUACCUUGAUCCAAUUUCCCAUCCAAUGGAACACUACAAUCCAACAGGAAGGAACAUGGAUGGAAAACAUACUGAAGCAUCUACCCAUGACCCAAUGGGAGAUGGUACCUCUUUUUUCUCAGACUUAAAUGAGGAACUGCCCCCCAUUUCACCUUCUACCCCUCUGAGUACUGUGACAUCUGGAGUUACUGAAGUUAUCUUUCCAGGAGGUUUUGAUUCUGAAAAUGAAAAAUUCCAAACAGAUACAGCACCUCACCACUCAACUGCAGAUCCACAGGAAGGAUGGACAGAAGACAAUGAUUUCACAGAUUACCCUACAAUGGUCACCCCAGAACAGAAUCACCACCCUCAGAGCACCUCCAGACCACAUACAGGUCUAGAAGAUGAUCACACGCAUCCUACAGAUCCUUCUCCAACAUCUCUCAUAGAUGCAGAUGAUGAAAGCUUUCCUGAAGACUCAACCACUCCUGGCGAAGAUUCUUUUAACUCAGUAACAAAUGAGAACUCAGCCCACUUCUCAAUGACCCCUAUGACUACUGGGUUGCCAACUAACCCUACUGUUUUUGGAGGUUUUAUUCCUGAUAAUGCACAGAAUCCUUCAGAUCGUGAUGACUCCCAUGCUAAUGAACCCCACAGGCCGGCUGUUACAGAUCAUGCAACGCCAUCCCACGAAGGCAACCAAGGCCUCUCUGAACAAACUCCCAACCCUAAAAGACACCCCAAAAUUCCAGAAUGGCUGAUCAUCCUCUCGGCUCUCUUGGCGCUGGCUCUGAUCCUAGCUGUCUGCAUUGCGGUUAACAGUCGGAGAAGGUGUGGGCAGAAGAAGAAACUUGUAAUUAAUAAUGGUAAUGGAGCAGUUGAUGACAAGAAGUCCUCUGGACUGAAUGGUGACGCCAGCAAGUCUCAGGAAAUGGUGAAUCUGGUGUACAAAGAACCAUCUGAUGGCCAAAUAGGACAGGAUGAGUACAUAAAUACUGAUGAGACUCGGAACCUGCAGAACGUCGAUAUGAAGAUUGGAGUAUAAGACCAGCCAGGCCUGCUUGUCAAAUGAGAGUUGGGACAUCACCAUUACAUGGAACUGGGACUAACUCAGAUGCAAUGUGCUACUGAUAGUCAUCUUGGCUUUUUUUUUUUUUUUUAAUCAAAUUUUUUCUUGUCCUUUGGGUUUUGUUGUCAUUGGUUUUUUGUUUUUUUUUUAAAAGUCAAAUCCAAAUUACCAAAAUGAACAGUUGGGUAUGAAUUCGAUAAUACCAGUUCCUGCCUGGAGGGCUCCCACUGGCCAUGGUUUGUGAUGGGUGGCUGCUAGCUUGAACAAAGAUACAUUUCAUUUUCUCCUGUCCUUCUAUUCCUUUCCAUUCCUUCCCACUUUCUCCAGUAUCUCUCAUCCCCAUUCUAUUUUCAAGAUCUUUGCAAAUAGUGUUUCCUGUGUCUAAAGAGAGUUCAAGGAGAAAGGACAUAGGUGAUUAACAGGAAACAUGAAAGGAAAAACAGACAAGGUCUCAUGGGGCAGGGAUAGAAGCACUAUCCCCAAAAUUCUGGUUUUCAAAGGCCAGCUGGUUACCCAUCCACUUGAAGCCUGGUACUCUGGAAAGUUACUAUGGCUCAUGGGCCAUACCUGGAGGGUGAAGCUAUUUAAUUCUAGUAAACUAUUUAACUCUAUUUUGACAAGCCCAGCCCCGGAGGUCCAAUGAUCACGGUGCCUUUGUUAGAGAAGAUAAAAGGCUUUAAAGGUCUAUAUUUCUCUCACCAGUAUUUCUCUGUUACUUUCCUUUAGUAACUGAGUUCUCCCUGUGGGUAGACCAGAAGGCCAUUCAAAGCCAUCCCUGGAAUCUUCUUAGAGAUAGCUUAACUCAAUUCAAAUUUCACAAGAGAUCAAAGAAAAUAUCAGUAUUGUCUCUCUGAGGCCUAAGAAGUCCCACUCUCCUAAAACUGUAAUUUUAAGAGGCUUGGCACUAUUAAUGUUCUCAUUCCCACCUGUUAUAUUGCCUUGCAGGUAACUAAAAUCAUGUUAAAUAUGUAUAACAUACCGUUUGCUGAGGUGGAAGGCAGGGUAGUUGACAGUUCAUUUGCUAUUCUUUUGAACCCUGGCCCAGCUAAUUUAGUAAUGUCCAUGAAAAUUAACCUAUGCCCCUUCACCCGCAUAUCACAUACAAUGGAAAAAAAAAACAGCAAGAAAAUGAAAAGGAAAGAGGAUGUAAAUAGUCACUAUCCAACCUAAAGAUUGGAACAGGAUUUUUUAUUUUUAUUUUUUGCUUUUUUGGGGGGGGGAGGGAGUGGGGGUGGAGAAGGGGAAGGGCUCCUGUGCAAGUGCUUUUUAUUAGUGUAUUUAUUUUUAUUUUAACAAGCUAUUGGAAUUCAUUUUGCCUAGGGCAGGUCAUACAGUUCUGGAUCAAGUUUAGAUCUCAAACAGAGCCAGAACGGACCUCAGAAGUCAUCUUGGUAACCUUCUCUGUCCCAUUUUACAUAUGAGAAGGAAAAUGGGGCUUUCUUAGGUCAGUUAUCUAAGGGUUCUCUGAAAGAGUAAUGGAAUUUUCUCCAUUUUUGGUCCUGGGAAAACUCCAGUUCUAUGUAUAAAGUACUUAGUUCCCUAAAUCAGUCAUAGCUCCUUUCUCCUCUUCCAUGAUACCCAGUAGCUGAAGAAGACUUUCAAAACUUCUCAAGUCCAUUUGAAAUGAGUCACCAAAUCCAUAAAGUGGGUCUGUAAAAGCAAAUCCACUUUCUGAGUCAUGGUGUCAAUGGGAACCAUGUGUCAGGGAGAAAACUGAUCUCUGCUCUACUCAUCAGGCAAUGCUUUUGAUAUAAAAAUAUCUUUUAACACAAAUGUCAUUUAAGGCUUAUUCACAAAAAUGUCUACUCUAAACCAGUCUUAUUUGGCAGAUAAAUAAAGGAUAAGAUGGCCUUUUGUGGAUCUUACACUAGGGCCUUGAUGAACAUUCAA